AUGUGGAGGUUUCAGAGCAUCGUUCAAGCAGACUAUUCCGUUACUGCCCCAACAUUUCCACCUCCAAUAGAAGUAUUUCCGAAGCAAGAAAUUGACAAAGAGCCGACUCGGAGGACAUCGGCAUAUCCUGCACGCUUCGUAAGGCCGUCGUCAAGCAGUGAACAUUCUACUCAGCAGCCAAUGAGUGAUCCGAUAGCCACUCCAUCGUCUCGUGCCUCGACAUUCAAAACGUCUCCGGCAACGCCAAGGGAAUCGCUCUAUACCACUAGGUUGCCAAGUAAUGACGAGCAGAAAAGACAAGCGCGUGUCUUCCACGAGGAAGCGGUCGUCCCUCCCAAACAAGUGAUGAAGACAGUGCAAGAAAGUCCACUUCGUAUUCGAACCGUAGACAGUCGCGUUGAACAGGCCAGUCCUGACGAGACGAACGAAAUCCGUCACUUGAAGCACGACGAAGAGCUGAAAAGAGCGUUGGAGCGCCACAGACUGGUAAAUGUUGGUUUAAGGUUGAUUGUCUCGGAGUGUGGAUAG